AAAUUGUUCUUGGAUUUGCUUUUGUGUUUCAUUAUUUGAUCAUUUAUUUCUGAGAUUGUUUCUGGUGCUUCAUGAUUUGUUAGUUUUGUACCGCGAUUUGUUGUUGGAUGUAUCUCAAAUCUAAAUGUCUUGCACCUCUCGGCCACCGUAACGAACAAAACGGAAUUUGAAUUGAACUUUAUUUAUUUCGCUAGGAGAACUCACUCGUUAUUUAUUUAUUUAUUUUCAAUUCUGAAAUAUAAACCUAUAUAAUAAAAUGUUCACCAUGUUUUUUUUAAAUUGCUAUUAUUAAAUGUAGUAUAAUGAUCUGAUAAGCAAUUUCAUUUUUGUGUCGAUCUAUUUUUGAGUAAAACAAGUGUAGAAAAAAUGACAUCAUCAGUUAUCAAGCAGCGCCGCCGACUUUGCGCAUGCGUGGCGUAUGUUUACGGAAGUGACUUUUUGGAGCGGGUCGUUGGCUCGUCGAUGCUGAAGCACGUUUUUCUGACAGGACCUCCAGGUGUGGGUAAAACCACCCUGGUCCAGAAAGCCUGUGAAGCUUUGUCGUCCUCAGGAGUGGGAGUGGAAGGGUUUUACACCGAGGAGGUCAGAGAGGGGGGCAGGAGAGUGGGCUUUGAUGUCGUCACGUUGGCGGGGGAGAGAGGCCUCCUGUCCAGAAUCAGAGGAGGCGCUGCUGGAUCUCACAGCACACACACAGUGGGACCAUAUGCGGUUGACCUGCCUUCAUUUGAACGUGUGGCCCUCCCCCUCUUCAGAAACCUCAGGUCGGCGGGUAGCAGCAGCACGAAGGUGUUUGUCAUUGAUGAGAUUGGAAAGAUGGAGCUUUUCAGCCAGUCUUUUGUCAGAGCCGUGAGCCAGACUUUGGACAGUCCCUGUGUCAUUCUGGGCACCAUACCUGUUCCCAAAGGCAGACCCCUCGGGCUGGUCGAAGAGGUCCGGAGCAGGAGAGACGUCAAGGUUUUUCAUGUGUCCAAAGAGAACAGAGACGCUCUUCUACCAGACAUUUUGGCGGCUCUGCAGGAGUGUUUACAGCACGGUGCAGCCUAGUCUGGAUGUUUGGAGCGGUCAAAGAAAAAGCUCUAAAGGGGUUUUUCUAAGAGGAGGCUGGGUGCGUUCGCGGCUCCCCAACACCAGGGUUUGUGACCUGCACCGCAUCCAGCGCCGUUAGUGUGUCACAUGCAUGUAUUUAUGUAUACAUUGCUCCUUUCUUCCAUUCAUGCUGCCUUAAAUUGGAUUGUCUGCUGAAUAAUUGAUUGGGAGAUGGAAGACAGAGAAGUGGAAAUACCCCCACUGCCUGCUCGGUCUGCAGAACAGCUCCACAUCCUCUGAGCCAUUUUUCGGAGAGGAGCUGUCAUUCCUCAUUUGUUCUCAUAAAAGUUGAUGUGAACAUGCAUGCUACACGAAGCUGAGGCCCAGCGAAUGCUUCUAACUCUUCGCAGCGGCAGCCGCCGUGUCUCGUCCACUUGAAGGCUUUGUUCAUCUUGAAGCGAUCAAUAUUUGAUCUUUUUUUUUUGUGUUUUCUUUCCCCGGUUGAAAAAAAGUAAAAAAAUAAAAUUAUGAGGAGUUUGCUUCAAAACAUGCGUUUCAAGUUUUUUGUUCCCAUUCAUUUCUUUAAAAAUGCAAUUCUGAUUAAAAGAAUGUUGGUAAACUUCUGAUUGUUUCCAUUGAAAAGUCAGACUGAAAAUCUUGCCUCUGUCAUGUUUCUUAGAGACAGUCUACAAUAAAAGAUGGUUGCCUGUAGUCCAGGAUUCGGC